AUGUUCGACGUGCGUCUUCGCGGAAAAAGCGAACGUGCAUUCCCUCUACCGCCCUCCGGCGAUUAUGCCACAGCCAAUGGAAGCAGCGACUCCGAAAGCAGCAACGCUCUGAUUGGCGGCCGCUACCGGCGCUUGCGAGUGAUCGGCCACGGCUCGCAUGGCAGCGUGUGGGAGUGCGAGGACGUCCGCACGUCCCUCCGCGUCGCGUGCAAAUCCAUUCCACACCAUCGACGGCCCUCCGUCCCCUCCGGCGCUGUUCCCGCCGGGGUUCCCGCCGCGAGAGGCGGCGCAUCUGGCGCGCGACACGCUCCUCCGCAUGCGCAGGUGCAUGAGGUCUGUACUGAGGUAUCCGCGUUAAAGACUGUCGGCGGACAUCCGAACGUGGUUCGACUCGUCGACGUGGUAGUAGGCUCCGCCGAAGCGCACCUCGUUAUGGAGCUCGCGUCGGGUGGGGAUCUCUUAACGGAGCUCAUGCGCCGCGGUCCGCUGGACGCGCCGCUCGCCGCUACAGUGUUCCGGCAGCUCGCAUCGGCUGUCGCGUUCUGCCACGCGAGACCUGAAUUGGCGGAGGCGGCAGGGGGAGCUGAAACUGGGAAGUAUGGCUUUAAGGCUGAUGUUUGGAGCAUGGGGAUGACUCUCUGCACGAUGCUCACUGCGCGAAUCCCAACCGUUCCUUUGGAUUUUGAUCAUCCGGCGUGGGGAGGGGUGCCGGCAGAGGCGAUGGAUCUGGUCCGUCGGAUGCUGGUGGUGGACCCGGAUCAACGGCUGAGCUCGUUCGAGGUGCUGGAGCAUCCGUGGCUGAACCAGACGGCCAUUCGAUCGUUAGACCCGGCCGUGCGCUGCCCCCACUUGCUCUCGCCCUCCCUGCCUGGCGAACCCACUGGUAACCAGGUUACAGGGAUCGUCUGCAUGUAG